AUGGACAAACCAACCCACAGCCCCGCCACCCCGGCCCCAACCAACAUCCCAACACCGGACCCGAACCCGUCAGACAACUACGCGACCUCCGGCCCGCCCCCAGAAUACCAACAACACCAACACCAACACGCACACCUCAACGCCCAACCCACCGGCACCUCGAUGCCAAAAUACGGCGGCCCAUCCCCUCACAGCCCGCCCCCUCCCCAGAACUACGGAGGUUACGUCCCGCCGCAAAGCUACCCCCUCCAAACCGGCGGGCCCCAAAACUUCCAGCCCUACGGCACCCCGCUGCCUUCCCUCGGCCCCCACCCGGCGCCCGUCGAGUGUCCCGAGUGUCACGCCCGCGGCGUCACGGCGGUGGAGUACUCCUCUGGCGGCUUCACGCACGCUCUCGCUGCGCUGGUGUGCUUUGUGAGCUGUUUGGGGUGUAUUCCCUACCUCUUUUCCUCGUUGAAGGAUGCGAGGCAUAAGUGUUCCAAGUGUGGAAUUCCGUUGGCGACAUAUCACCGCAGCGGUAGAACUGAGGUUCAUUGGCACCAGGCUUAUAAUGCCUAG